UCUCAAGAGAAACAAUGUUUAAAGUCAAAGUUUUAGUCAUUGGCCCAUGUCAGAGCGGUAAAACAACUGUGUCUAAUUUCCUGGCUGAUGCCACAGAUCAAGCCAGCGGAGAAUACCACCCUACGCAAGGUUGUCGAAUUGUAGAAUUUGAAUCUAACAUAGGUGGACGUCAGAAUGUAGAAGUGGAAAUGUGGGAUUGCAGUGGUGACAGGAGAUUUGAGGCCUGCUGGCCUGCUAUAGCUAAGGAUACAACUGGUGUAGUUUUUGUGUUCAAUCCAGAUAUGCCCAACCAUGACAAGGAUAUGGAGGGUUGGUAUGACUUUUUUGUGGCUCAGCAAAGUUUAAAAGAUAGUCAGUGUAUAGUGUUUGCCCAUCACAAGCCCGGAGCGAAUGACAGGGAAAGAUCUCAACUCAGUGAUACAUUUGCAAAUGUACAAGUGAUACCAACAAACAUUGAGGAUGACAGUGAUGAUGUCAGGAAUCGUUUCAACAAUUAUCUUUCUUGUAUCAUUUCUGCUCUGUCUGACAAUCGUGAAAAGGAAGAACUCAGCAUCAUGAACAAUUGAUAUUUAAUAUAUAGUUUUAUUGAAUUAAUUCAUAUCUUCAUCAUUUGUGGAUAUCAUGAAAGAGACACUGUAGUAUUUCUUGAACAAAUUAGAAAUGCAGGUUGCCAAGUAAUAUGUGCCCAUUGCCUACACUAAGGAGGGCAUAUAUUGUUUACAUGUAUAAAUCCGUCCGAUUAUGAUACAAAUCCAAGGAUAUACUAAAAUUAGCCUGCAAAAACAAUUGACCUCUGACUCAAAGUUAAGGAAUGGACAUGUUAUAGAACAGUAAUUCCAGAGGUCAAUGCAUGACCUCUGACUCAAAGUUACGGGAUAGACAUAUUAUAGGACAGAAACUCCAGAGGUCAAUGCAUGACCUCUGACUCAAAGUUAAGGGAUGGGUUUAUUAUAGGACAACAACUCAAGAGGUCAAUGCAUGACCUCUAACUCAAAGUUACAGGAUAGACAUAUUAUAGGACAGAAACUCCAGAGGUCAACACAUGACCUCUGACUCAAAGUUACAGGAUAGACAUAUUAUAGGAC